AUGGCCUCACAAAUUCCCUGGCGUUGGCGUCGGUGGUGGCUGCCAUGGCUGGCGCUGGCAGCAGCCGAAGUGUCCCAGCUAGCGGCCGAAGAGCGAGCGGCCAAACGCCAGGGCCAAUGCAAGCAGGAGACGGGCCGACAGAAUUUUUUCCUGCUCUUUCCCUUGAGUAGCAGCCAGUUUGGUCAACUUCACUACGCCACCAUCGAGUCUGUCUUGUUCCACCAGCCCGCAGCCAAUGUGUUGCUUCUCAGCUUUGAUUUGCCGGAGCAUCUCUUCGAUGCAUAUCUUUCUGAAGGCUACUGCGUGACCACCUUGCUCAUCAGCUCUGCCGUGAAAGAGCUGUCGUCGCUGUUGGGCGAGCCGUUGGCUACCACGUUUUUGGAUCGUUUUGGCCAGCCUCAAACUGACAGCGACUUUGCCCGGUUGCUGAAUGCCGUGGUGCUGUCUCAGCAGGUGCUAUAUGGUGGCACGAGUCUGCCCAUGGAAGGUUUACUGCUGAAUCCUUGGGAUAUGCCACUCCCAUCCCAACUCCUUCUGCAAGACACCGGGGUCUUCGUUGAAAAGUUGGAAGGCGCGACCCUUCCCUGGGCCUUGAGCGCGGAGGACUUCGAGAAGUCCUGGCUGCCCAGGUCACACGUGGACCGUGCUGAUGGCGCCACAUCGCUGUGUUUGGAGGUGCUGUGCCCAAGGACCUUGCCACGAGGCAGUCGCUUUGGGCAAGAACUUCUGCUUCACACGGCCAGCGAUUUAAGUUCUGAAGACGACUUGAGUCGCUAUGGCACCACGCUCUACCGCGGCUACGUCCAGCAACGACCCAGACGGACACCAUUCGAAGUGGACAAGGUGAUGUUCAAUCACGAAGUGGUUUUGCUGCCCUACUGGGUGCAGAUGCAGCCCUACUUCUCGGAUGGCUGGAAGGACUACGGCGGCGAGGAUGGGAUGCUGACGCGCGACACGGACCUCUACCAAGCCAGGCACAUGCGCGCCUUGUCCGAUUGGUCCUUCGUGUCUACAGCCAGGCUUUGGCUGCCCCUGAACUUUGGCACCGCAGCAUCGCGGCAAGCGAUGCCGAUGAGCGUGGUGGAUUUGGCUUUGCGCUACUUCACCCUGGAUUUGGCACCUCAUCCUUUUCGGAAGAAAGGCUUCAAGAACGGCAGGACGAAGCGCAAGCCGCGCCCGAAGCGUCUCCGUUCGCCCGGCGACUUCACCGCAGAGAACACGGCCUUCAUCGAUGAGGUGCAUGCGCAGAAGGGGCAACAGGGCCUUCGCGAAGGCGGUCUGCCCGGCGUCGGCGGCGGCUUCCGCAGCUUCAAAGAGUUGCGCUUGGUGGGUUUCGAAGAGCAGGGCCAACACUGGCGUGUGACAGUCGAGACUCCGCUGCGGCUCUUUUGUCGGCCAGAGCACCGGGCACGUGGCCCCAGCGCGGGCGCCGCGAGUUCUGGCGCGAGUUCUCGCGCGUUGCAACGCUGCGAGGCAGCCCUUGCAGGCCCCAUGGCUUUCCAGUCCCAGUGCCUCUCCGUGGCGGAUGCCAAUGCGGUUCUCAGCCUUUUGGCCUACCACCCUGAGCCAAUGCUGGACUCGCCUCCUGCGUUCGUGUCGCAACAGGAAAGCAGAGAUUUUCGACACUCUGAGGAGGAACUGAAGGCGCAUUUCAGACAGCUGAAGGUGACAGCUGAAAGCUGUGCAGGCGCUAGUCUUCCCGAGGCCACAACCCUCACGACGGAAUUUGCAGCGCUGGUGGACGACGUGGAAGAGCACGUUACAGUGGUGGCCCACUGCGCAGAGCGCUGUCACCUCCUGGAGCGCUUGGCCAAGUCUUUCCGCGAGGCCUAUGCCAAGAUGCAAAUCAUCGCCACCUGUGAAUGUGCCGAGGACGAAGGCUGUCAAGAGCCUGUCCCACGGUCUCACGAAACGGUGCCAAAGAUGACGGUGGUUUCCGUCCCCUACGACUUUGGACUUUCACGCGGGAAGACAUUGCUUAUAGAGAUGACCAAGACGGAGUUUGUCCUUGUGCUGGACGACGACUUCACACAUUCCAUGCAUUCGUGUGUGGAGUGUAUGUUGUGGAAGAUGCGCAGCCGUCACUACUCCCUGUGGAAGCCUUUCGAUAUUUUGGGCUUUCCGGUCCAAGAGGACGAGCGAAUUUUUGGUGCCUUCCGGGGGAGGCUCCGCGUGACCAACCAACAACUUUUCUUGGAACCGAUGGUGGAGGAGCUUCUGCCCGAUGGUUGCGUGCGCGUGGAAAUUUGUCCGAUGGUGUUUCUGGGUCGAACGGCUCGGAUGAGAACCUUUACAUUUCAAAAGGACUUAAGAGUUGGUGAACAUGAACAGUUCUUCUACUCCAAUGCUUACAACGGAGUUCAGGUAGCCGUGUGCUUCGACUCCUCUUUCCCACACUUUCGCGUCAACACGAUGAGCGCAGGGUACGUCAAACGACGUGAGCGGAUGCCCGAGCUGAUGGCCAACGCCUUCCAGAAGUUGGGCUUCGAACGGGCGAUGCUUUUGUUCCGCAAAUAUGACCACGGUCGAAUGAGUGAUUAUGAUGAGCUGUUGGAUAAGACGGUGCCCCCGUGGCACAUCGGUCACGACACUUGCGGUCCACCGACGGCGCCACCCGUGCCGUUUGCACAAGUCAUGGUGGUGAUCUUAAGUAGCGCGGACCAACAGGGCAAGAGCUUCCGGAGUGUCUUGAGGGGCUCCCGUGGAUGGAUGAACCGAUUUUUACAACUCGGUGGUGUUGGCUCUUUGCGCUGGACUUUCGCCGUAUAUCCCCGAAGCGAUCAGGGAACGUUGCAUGUGGAUUUGGAGGAGGAGAACGACCUCCAUAAGGAUAUGCUGAUUUUGCCUGCCUCAGACAGGACCUCUAGAACUGCUGGACCGACGACGGAUCACUUGCUCCAGGUCUUUGCUCUGUUGCGAGACUUUCAGUUCCGCUUCCUUGCCAUAUGCAGGCAAGAUGUCUUUGUGAGUUUCCAGCACUUCAUGGACACCUUGCAGCUCCUUGAGCCUCCUGCGGGAAAGGUGCUGGGCGAAUGGAUUUCGACAGAAAACAGCUGGAGGUUGGAUCCUCACUUCUUCGUGCUGCCGCGGGACGUCUUCGUACUCUUGUCGGCUCCGGAGGUGAUUUCGCGCUUGGCUGUCAGCGGCUUUCAUCAGAUCUUUGGGGACCUCUCGGAGUUGGGUGCAGGUCUUAGUUCAUGGGCACACGCCUAUGACAUCCAGCGGCUUCCCUUGCGAAGCAUGAAGCGCGGCGAAGUGGUGUGCCCUUUUAGCAGCGUGACGCUUCAUCCCAUCGCUCCUGAAGAGCUUCAAGCGCUCUUUGACUCGCCAACACCCUUCGGGUGUUGA